ACUAGAGCUGCCGAGCAGGACGCGUGUCUGGUUGAUCGUGUGAACAAGCCUCUUGUCUUUUCCCAGGAUGGUGCUGGAGGAGGUGCUGCCCUUGGAGGCCGGGGGCCUGGCCUUUCUGCUGCGGGACCCGGAGGCUAGCGCCCGGACGCUGGUGCUGGACUGCCGGCCCUUCCUGUCCUUCUGCCAGGGGCACCUCUUGGCCUCGAGGCCGGUGCCUUGGAACGGGCUGCUCCGGAGGAGGCGAUCCCGGGGCAGGAGCAGCAGCAGGCUCAGCCUGGAGGGCAUCCUGCCGGACAGGGCCCUCCUGGCCAGGCUCCGCAGGGGGGAGAUCCAGCACCUGGUGGUCCUCGACGAGGCUGCGGCGGGAGCAGGGGAGGAUGGGAUCGCCACUCUGCGCCCCGACGGCCUGGCCAGGAUCCUCCUCGACGCCCUCCUCACAGAGGAGAGGGCGGGCACCUCACACCUCUACCUCCUCACAGGUGGGUUUGAAAAUUUCCAAGCAAAUUUCCCCGAAUUGUGCUCCACGGCGCCAACGCCUCUGAACGCCUCUCCUCCUCCUCCUCCUCCGCUCCUGAGAAGCCCUGAAGACAAUGCAACGGAAGCCAUGACCCCUUCCUACGACCAGGGUGGACCAGUAGAGAUCCUGCCCUUCCUCUACCUGGGCAGCUGCUUCCACUCUUCCAACCGGGAGGUUCUGGAGUCUUUGGGCAUCACGGCGGUGCUCAACGUCUCGUCCAGCUGCCCAAACUACUUCGAGGGCCAGUUCCUCUACAAGAGCAUCCCAGUGGAGGACAACCAAAUGGCCGAGAUCAGCGUCUGGUUCCAGGAAGCCAUUAACUUCAUUGAUUCUGUGAAGAACGGGAACGGCCGGGUGCUGGUCCACUGCCAGGCCGGGAUUUCCCGCUCAGCUACCAUUUGCCUUGCCUACCUGAUCCAGAGCCGCCGGGUGCGGCUGGAGGAGGCCUUUGACUUUGUCAAGCAGCGGCGGGGGGUCAUCUCCCCCAACUUUGGCUUCAUGGGGCAGCUCUUGCAGUUUGAGACGGAGGUCCUGUGCCACUAGCCCAGCGGCAACCUUAUGCCGUCCUACAAAGCCAGCCAGGAGGAGAAGGAGACAACAUAGCUGCCUCUCUUCCCAGAGACUCAGACGGUGUUCCUGUUUACAUUCCCAAUGGGGUGCUGUAGCCUGGGACAAUGGUGCAUCAAUGUGCAGAGAUUUCUUCAGUUGCACUAAACCAUGGCAGAGAAUUGCCAAGAAUAAGAGUUGAAGCUAGUCCUGAAGAACAUUCAAGGGCCAGCUAGCAGUCUUGAUCUCUUUGGUGAAUGAUUUGAAGGCUGGUUCUUGCCAGCCUUGGCUGUAAAAAGGAAUCCAGACCAUGUAUUUCUUCAGCUUUGAGCUGGGGCCCUUCCACGCUACACACAAUUAUAUUGCUAUAAUUCCACUUCAAUCAUGUAAAAUCCUAGAACUCGCACUUUGGAGAGUUCCAGUGCCUCACGGAAAGUACAAAUCCCAGGAAUUCCUUAGGAUUCUUCCAUGGUAAUAAGUGGAAUCAUAGCUUUAUAGCUGUAUAGUGUACAAGACGUUUGCCCCGAAGUUUGCUGGUGCUGUUGCAUCGUGGGACUGGAUCCUCCUUGCAGCUGUAGCAUUCAUGGCAUGAAGUUGCAGCUCUUUUGUUUUUGCUGGGAGGGGUAGGCAUUCUCAUUCCAGUUGUGAACUUGUCUGGAAUGAAGGUGAAAAAUUGCUCUGCCUAAAGCAGCCCAGUUGUAGUGUCUCCCUGCUUCCCAUCUAACAGACACAAUAUGGUUUCUUUCUAGUCCUUUUGGCUUCUUAGCCAAGUGAUCAUCCAUAGGACUUGGGGACAGACUUUUAAUGAACAGUCCUCCCUCCCUAUCAAUGGAUUCUUUAUCCAUGGAUUCAACCAUCCACAGGUGGAAAAUAUUUUUAAACUAUAUAAAUUCCAAAAAGUGAACCUUGAUUUUGCCACUUUAUAUAAGGGACACCAUUGUAUUUAAUGGGACUUGAGUAUCCCCAGAUGCCAAGAGCCCACUUCAUUCUGAAGCAUUCCUCUCUGCCUUUUUGGCAUCAGACUGAAGCUUUAGAGACUUGGCGAGACAAAAGUCGGAGGCAAAACUGGUCAUGACAAAGGAAGCCAAUGGUGGUUUAACCAUUUUAGUGUUGAAUGUCCUCAGAUCAACAGUAACCCAGAAUUAAAACUCGAAUUGGAGUAAACCAGCCACUGAAUCCAUCUACACUAUACAGUUACAGCAGUUCUAUAUUUUAGUUUAUGUUGGCUACAUCCGAUGGAGUCCUGGGGUUUUUCAUGUGGGGAUUGCUCUGCUGGAGAGCUCUCCCCUUUUCUUACUAGAGCGUUCUAGCAGGGAAUGUCAAAUCCUUCUCAAAACUACUGAGAGCCAGUGUGGGUUUGAAUCUCAACACAGCCAUGGAAACCUAUGGGUGAUCUUGGGCAAGUUGCACCUUCUGGACCUUAGAAGAAAGCAAUGGUAAAUCUAGUCUGAAAUAGAUCUUGCCAAGAUCGCCCAAGGAUGGAGAGUUGGCCUACACUGGAGUGGACCAUAGCAUCCCCAAACCACAGUAUCCUUGAGGACAGUGCCAUGACAAAGUGGUGCUAUCAGGAGGAAGUGAUGAUGUCCCCUUAUGUUCCAGAAAUCCAAACUGAUGACCUGUGGUCCCCAGCCUUACGCAGGUCGGCCGAUUCAUCUAUCGUUGAUGAAACGGUCCCUCCGUACCUAUAUAUAUGUAUGCUGUGAAAGUCUUGUGCGCAUUGUAGCCCCAGGUGGAAAUAACCUGGAAGUGGGCAUGUGUCCUUCUUCGUUGGUGAGGAGGGAUCCUCUUUUCUGAAUGCACUGACAACAGGCAACGCCCGUUGCAGCCAAAGAACCCCAAUUUUCCCUUGGGGUGUUGCCUUAACUUUACCGAAAGGGUACGAUUCACUCUGCAGUUGCCUCACGCACCUCUAAUUUGUUUCCAUGAGGUUUGUGUAGGGCAAUUCUUUGCCGGUGGAUUGGGCCCAAGCCCCUCUUUCUCUUUUCCAUCUUCCCCAUUCCCUGCCAUGCCACAGGCUUCGUAUUUGAAGCAAUAUGUCCUUUGUAUGUGCUAUUCAGCGAACCUCUUUCUUGACCAACCUUGACUGGAAACGUCUCUUCUUCUUUUUGCACUUUAUAUUUAUUAUUAUUAUUAUCACCUGUGGCAAUA